CGUAUCGAUUUAUUCUGUGAAAAAAAAAGAGUAAGAAAGUAUAGUGCAGGUUAUUCCAGCAUUUCGUCGAACAGGCGGUGUUCAAUCUGCAACCUUCCUCUGCAUCUAUCUUCUGGAAUACCAAGAUUUGAUGGCGGCGUCGAAGAUAUCUGCGAAAUCUCCGGCGGCAUCCGAUAAUAAUUCGUUCCCCUCGACGUCCUCCGCCUCUUCUCAAUCGGGCCGCGACGCGUCCGCCACAGCCGCCUACGAACGAUAUUUCCGACUGCCUGAGCUCGCCAAGCUCGCCGGGUCUAGAGAGUUCCCUCAGUGGCGCAACGAGGCGGUUCUAAAGCCGGCCCUUCAAGGACUGGAGAUCACCUUCCGGUUCGUUUCCCUUUCCCUUUCCGACCCCCGGCCGUACGCCAACCACCGCCAGUGGAAACGCCGGCUCGAGUCGCUCGCCUCCCGGGAGAUCGAGCUUAUCGCCGCUCUCUGCGAGGAGGGUGGUGGUGCCGGCGCACCCGUCGCUGAUCUCAGCUUGUGCGCCGGGGUACUGUCUCGGAAAUACAGUUCGCAGGAGGUGUGGAAGGCCCCCGGCGAGGCGGCGAGCGUGGUGGCACGCACGAGCGAGGCGAGCCUGCUGCCGCGGUUAGCGGCGUGGGAGAAGUCGGAGGAUGUCGCCGCCAAGAUCCUGUUCCAGAUCGAGAGCCACAUGCAAGGGUGCGCCUUCACUUUGGGGCUCGGCGAGCCCAACCUCGCCGGGAAGCCCACCCUCGAGUACGACCUCGUCGUCCGGCCUUUGGACCUCCAUAUCCUCAAGCGAUGCUCCAAGGCUGACCAGGAGGACCAAGUCUUGUGCACGAUCCAUCAGAUCCUCGAGUCCUGGCUAAGCGCUGCCCGCGAGCUCCUCGCCCGCGUGGAACAGAGGAUCGAAGCAGAGGACUGGGCGGCUGCUGCGAGCGAUUGCUGGCUCAUGGAGCGCAUAUGGAAGCUUCUCUCCGAUGUGGAAGACCUCCAUCUUCUGAUGGAUCCGGACGACUUCCUCCGACUCAAGAGCCAACUGGUGAUCAAAGCCGCUUCUGGCGGCGAAGAGGCGGUCUGCUUCCGGUCGGAGGCGCUGAUGCACGUGACGGGUACGUUCAAGGAGCUCCGGCAGAGCGUACCGCGGAUCCUUGGCGUGGAGGCAGAUCCUAACGGUGGGCCGCGGGUGCAGAACGCCGCGAUGAACCUGUUCCACAGCCGGCGGCGUGGGGAAGGGGAGGAGGCGGGGAAGGUGGAGCUGUUGCAGGCGAUGCAGGCGGUGGAGGCAGCAUUGAAGCGAUUCUUCUUCGCGUACAGGCAGGUGGCGACAGCGGUGAUGGGGAACCUGGAGGUGAUCGGAAACCGAGCGGUGUACGUGCCUGCGGAAUCACUGGAUCCACUGACGCAGAUGUUUCUAGAGCCACCUUACUACCCAAGCUUGGACGCAGCAAAAACCUUCUUGGGGGAGUACUGGCGACAGAGCGACCUCGGAGGCGUUCCGACCAAGGCAAAGUGGUAGAAGCCGACGAGCUGCAGAUCCAAACUGAAACAAAACUAGGAAUUAUGCGAAAGAAGAUAACAUUUUUUUUCCUAAAAAAGGAUUAUAAUAUCAUUAUUUAUUUAGUAUAUACGAUGAAUUGUUUGUACUGGUGGAGUGAAUCCAUUCUAAUCUUACCAAUCUAUUUCUUUAUUUUUA